AUGACCCUCGUCCCUUCUCUUCCCCCUCCUCUGAUAUUAUCUCAUAACGAAACACUCCAUGCUAUACCCUUACCUCCCUUGGCACAAUUCCUCACUUCACUCACUCGACCAGAACAUCUCGUCAAGCUCAAUGAUAUACUAGAAAGAUUCCGAACUCCAAAGUCAUACCACCGUAUCGAUGUGAGAGAAGUGACAAGUUCUGAGCUGCCUCCGAGUAGUCCGAUAGAUGCUGAACAUGCUUCUCUACGUGAGGAGAACCUAUCACGUCGGAAGAAUGGGGCUACUGCGAAGAAGAAUGGCAUGAAAGUUCAAACGAAGGAAACAGACGAGAGUAAAAGAGAAAAAGGAGAACCUAUCGUUUUACCGGAGGGGAUAACAGUGGAAGAAUACAAGAAGACUCAUCAAACUUCUACACAUACACAUUUAGGUCACCAGAAUGGUGACGGAGAAACCAAUGGAUCUGGAGAAAAAAAUGGUUUGAUGAUGGAAGAUCAAGCGGGACCAUCUAGACAAUACAUAUCAUCUACUCAUCCUCACCCUCCGAUAUCUGUAUCACAACCUGUCAUCCCUGAUUCAAAUCCUCUCACAGAUACAAACAAGACCUCGCCAAAUCAUCUCUUACCUCCUUCCGGACCCAAAAGACGUAUUCGUGAACUUCGUCUUGAUAUCAGGUCACUUGACGCUGCCGCUUUAUUCACUUUGGAAGGAUGGAGACGAGAAAUCUUAGGUUUGGAAAAAUUAGAUAUGGAAGUUCCUGAUAGUAUAUGGUAUAAAGCUUCUUCUCCUUCGCCUCCUCCUUCCCCGCCUCCACCACCACCAAUGGCAAAACGACGACUCGGUCGACCAAAAAAAUCACAAUCUCGACCGAAAGAUACAUCAAAUAUCAUUUCUCCCACUAAGAACAGGGAAGAACUGAGUGAAAGUCAAAAGAAAGAAUACGACGAUUUAAUUGCGUCUCUAUCAAAUUCAGCUGUCCCAGAAGAAGAAGAAGGUAUGAUCGAAGAUGAUACUCUUCAAAAAGCAUUGGAAGAGUUGGCAAGAUCAGAAGCGAACGAGAUACAACCUGAACCUGAACCGGAGGAUGAGGAGACACGAAUGAAGAGGAUGAAAGCUACCGAGCAGGCCUUUGAAAAUGAAGGAGAAUCGGAGAAGAGUGAAAGUCCAGAUAUCAUAUUGAAUGAUUUACAUGAUUCUUUGGAAUCUGCAGAUCCGGAUUUUAUACCUCCUUCAUCCAUUUCAAAUCCUUCACCGACAAAACCUAAUUCGAAGGUGACACGACGAAGUAGGACGUCCGAUCCGGGAAUGACAGUGGAAGAUGUACCGGGGAAAAGGAGUAAAAGGACCAGAUUAUCUCUGCCGAAUUUGAAAACAGUCCCCGAUCUGACGGAGGACGUCGCAGUCGCCGAAAGCGAGACUGCUCGGGAAAAGAGAAGGAGGAGGAGAACGACGGAUGGGGGAAAUCAAGGAGAUCAGGAAACAGAAAAUCAGGAGAGAGAAGAGGAGGAACUCGUAAAGAGAAAACGAAGAUCGACAGCCGUGGUAGAACUCGAUAUGGUUGAUACGGAAAAGCAAGCUCAAAAGAGACAAGUACAUUUCUCCGAAAGUGCUGUUGCGCAUACACCAUCACCACGAGAAUCAAGGGACGAAGUGGAGCUGGACAACGGGGAGGAAGAGGACGAAUGGGACAUGUUCAGAUAUAUUUGAAAGGAUGUUUCACGGUCAUUUUGGGAUUAGAGGUAUCAGUGGGGGGAGAAAAGGGAUGCAUAGGGGUUGUCAUGA